AUGACAUCCCGAAUCUUGGCCCCGAGUCUCGGAAUCAUCGUCGGCACUUCACUGGCCACAACCCUCGCCGUCGUCACCGUUCUCAAGCUCUUGCCUGACAGCAGGAGGCCGAGGACGAUUCCCAGUCCGCGAGAGACCCAGGUUCCCUACAUAUCCAGAGAGGAGCAAGAGGCACUCCCGUAUCCCCCGGAUGUCCUCCCGGGUGCACGGGAUGUCACAAGUCCCUAUGGAACCAUGAGGGUGUAUGAGUGGGGCCCAGAAGCAGGCAGGAAGGUGGUGCUCGCUCACGGGAUCAGCACACCCUGCAUAGCGCUGAGCAACGUGGCGCACGCACUCGCAGAGAAGGGGUGUAGGGUUCUGCUCUUCGACCUCUUCGGUCGUGGUUACAGCGACAGCCCAGAACUGCCCCACGAUUCGCGGCUCUACGCAACCCAGAUUCUCCUCGCCAUCACGUCCUCGCCUCUGGCCUGGACUCCUGCCGGGUUCAGCCUCGUCGGCUACUCGUUAGGUGGAGGGAUAGCCGCUGAUUUCGCGGCGUCGUUCCCGGACCUCGUCAAGAGUAUUGUGCUGCUUGCCCCCUCGGGCUUGAUAAAGCCGCAUCACUUCGGGUGGCAGAGCCGAUUCAUGUAUUCGGGUUUCCUCCCCGCUUCGCUGUUGGAGUGGAUCGUCAAGGGGAGAUUGGGGGGCCGUCCGGCCGAUCGUCCGGUUACGAAGAUGGGCUCUGAGGACGAUCCGAGUACAGGCGAUGAACUGAAGGGGAACCGGGACCCGAGGUUCGAAAGCACCGUCUUGAUGAGGAGUCGACCGGGAUACACGGUCGCGGAUGUCGUCUCGUGGCAGAUUCAACAUCACGCCGGCUUCGUGAGGAGCUUCGUUAGCUCAAUGAUGUUCUCGGCGAUUGAGAGUCCUCGGCCUCUGUGGGGUAAGUUGGGGCAGAGGCAUGAGAAGAUCUUGAUCCUGGCUGGGGAAGAGGAUCCCGUUAUCCUCGCCGCUGAGCUGAGAGAAGAUGCGGAAGAUGCGAUUGGCAGUGAUAAGGUCGACUUCAGGAUCGUGCAGGGAGGAGGCCACGAGUUUCCGAUGAAUAUGCCCGAUGCUACUGUUAGAGAGGUGAUUCACCCAAACGACACGAAGUACCGCGAUUUCAAGCGAUGUAAUGGACCAGCCGAGAAGAUCCUCUCCGAUGUACUUCCGGAGGUCAGCAGCUGGUACGGGGGCUAA